CUCCCGUCUUUUUAAAUCAUUUUUGAAACUUCAGACAGGAUGUCUAACAGCAAUGUCCGCCCAUCUACCACAACCUCAAAGGCUAUAUCUAGUCUCGCAAAAAGGCCCUCAGAGGUGACCAGGCAGGGAACCCAAAAACUCAAAUUCGUCCCUACCCUACCCUCAAGGCGGAAAAAAGAGGAGGUCAAGCUGGAACCAACAGCGGAGGCCGUACCACCCGCUCGUGGAAGAGGCAGAGGCAGAGGAGAUGCAACCAGAGGGCGUGGCGUUCCGAGGCAGCAAGAGAUGACUGCCAGUGGUCCGUUCGCACUUGGUCCUGCUAUGUCAGGCAAUACUGCUACCCGCCGCCGCCCUGUGUUUAUCGCUGUCCCAUCCACACGGCCAAGUACGAGCUCACUCUCUAGUACGCCUGCCCCAAGAAUCAAGAGCGAAGGCAAGGACAAGGAUAACGCCCCGGAGGACGACGAGGCGAGUUACUCGGACCCCGACGAAGGCGUCGAGAUUAUCGAUAUGGAAAACGUCAAGAACAUGGACUGGAUGGCUCCGGAGAGUCUAAAAAGAGCCAAGGCAACUGUUAACAGACCAAAGAAGGAGGAACAGCAAUCAGAGGUCGAUGCCUCUAAUGCUCUCAACCUAAGCGAAAGUGAAGAAGAGGAAGAACUCGAAGACAUUAUCGAGGACUUUGCUCAGCAAGCUCCAGAAGAUCCUGACGAUUCUCUGCGCCAGGAUAGGCUCUACUUUUUCCAGUUCCCUGCUCCCUUCCCUACUUUUGCUCUUAAAGGGGAGGCACCACCGCUACCACCACCUACGGACAAAAAGAAAGUAUCAUUUGCUCCUACGGUCAAAGCCGAGGUGCCAACCCCCGCCACCGAAAAGAAAGAGAAACCAGUGGUAGAUGGGAUGAUCGGUCGUCUGGAAAUUUACAGGAGCGGCGCUGUCAAGAUGAGGCUCACCAAUGGUAUUCUGCUCGAUGUGAUGGCAGCCACCCAGCCUUCGUUCCUCCAACACGCCGUUUCACUGGACAUGAAGGAAAAGAAGCUAAAUGUGCUUGGGGAGGUUAAUAAGAGGUUUGUCGUUGUCCCGGAUGUAGAUGGAUUGUUAGAGGCGAUGGAGAGGGCAGAGAGGGAGCCAAGGACGGUUCUCGAAGGGGAGGAGGGCCUGAUUAAAAUGGAUAUGACCUGAGAGAAUUACAAAAAAUUGUACAGUAUAGCAGUCCAAUAUACAUGCAGCUA